CGCAAUACUAGUGCGAUGUCUUAUAAUGGGGCACUGCACUGGUAACUAAUGGUGAGCGGACAAAUUUUUUGUAAUUAUUUGUAUCAGGAACUUCUGAAACAACCGAUAUUUGGAGCAACAACAUGUAUACUAUUGUAUUAGUGUUGUUCUCUGCCACUCUGGUACAUUCUACAGACGUCCGCUCACUGUGUUAUGGAGUCUGUCCUAUGAGACGACAUCCUAGUUCUGUAGAAGGAAUGUGGUGGACAGUUCUAGCAACGGAAACAACCACUGGGCAAUGCGGGCUGUACAACAACCAGUGUCCUUGCAAAUGUAUUGGGUUCAAGUACACUUCCUGUGUACCAGCACCUUACAUUCAUCAAUACAACUUGACGAUGGUGGGUUAUGAUACAAGGGACUGUUGCUAUGAUGAGGAGCCCACACUUGUAAAACUCGUAGAUGUAAACUCACCUUAUUUGGUUGUCACCCAAACAAAUUUACAAACUGGUGAAAGUAUCACUGUUGCUGUCUUGGAUACAGAUGACGCAAGAACAUUUUUGCUGUGUUACGUUUGUGACCUGAAAACAAAAAGAGGAGAUCCAGUUGUAUUUGUUCUUAGUAGGGACAUAAAAGGGCUGUGCCCAGAAACUAUAAAGAGAAUUUUCUCUACGUUAAUAGCUAACAACAUCAACCCGAAUUGUCUUAAACCAAUAAGCAGAAGGAACUGUCCUAUAUAUGUGGGUUAAAAUGCAUGCGAAAUAAAAAUGUUGCAAGAAA